GCGCUGGAAGCCAGGCUCACAUCCAUGUUCUCCGAGCAGAUGCAGCUGGCCGCAUCGAGACUCCAGGCCGAGACCACCUCUAUCCUGCAGUCGGCCACGUCCACUCUUUACAUCGAAUUUCAAGCUGUUCUCGGUCAAGUUCGCCAGCAGGACAUGCGGCUGGACACGUUGGAAUACACUGUCAGGAACGUCAAUCAGAGGGCCCACGCCGUCGAGCAAGAGCAGCAGCAGCUGCGCGCCGAUGUCGAGCGCAUCCAG